UCCUUUUUAUUGGCGGCCAUCUUUGAAGGCCUGAAGCACAAACUCGGAAACUAACUGCUCUUCCCCUACUGACAACAAGGAGAGACCCUUUUCCAUAUUAACUCCUCCUCUGCCAUCAAUAUACACCUGGGGUUUCUCUACAGAUACAAAAGAUGUGUGCUUUUUUCCUCAGAAAUGGUUCUAAAGCCCACCAUUCAUUGCACCAUCUAUGUAGAAGAAGACCCUCCAUUGAAUCUUGGAAUAUCAAGAACCAACUUCAACAUUCUAAAGUUUAUUCACGAUUACCUCAUUCUUUUUACAGGAAAACUAAGGAAUUUGAGUUGUCAAAUCCCAGUUUUCUUGCUUUCUUUUCAGGGGUUUCGUCUUCUGCUUCAAAAUUUGGGUUAGUGGGUUGGUACUUAGAGAAACUCAACUCUCGACCCAUUAUCACCAAGAGCAUCACUUGUGGCCUUAUUCUUACUGCCGCUGAUUUUUCCUCACAGACAAUUGCUGGGUCAUUGUUGGAGCAGUAUGAUCUCACACGAACAUUGCGGAUGGCUGGUUAUGGAGCGCUUAUUGUUGGACCUUCACUACAUUUCUGGUUCAAUUUCCUGUCAACGUGCUUUCCAAAGCGUGAUGUCAUAACAACAUUUAAAAAAAUAGCUUUGGGACAAACAGUUUAUGGUCCUGCAAUUAACUCUGUUUUCUUCUCCAUGAAUGCUGUAGCACAAGGUGAAAGUAGUUCAGAGAUUGUUGCUCGACUCAAGCGCGACUUGGUUCCCACCAUUGUCAGUGGUCUUAUGUACUGGCCAAUAUGUGAUUUCAUUACAUUCAAGUUUGUUCCUGUUCAUUUACAGCCGCUUGUGAGCAAUACAUUUUCAUACGUAUGGAAUGUAUACCUGACUUACGUGGCAAGCCAACAAAAAGUCUCAAUGGCGUGAUUCUAUACCAAGCAUGUAUGAUGUCUUCUCUGCUAACAAUUCAUAUAUUCUUCUUGCAAACAAUCUGGAUGGAGGCAUGACUUUGGAGUCAUUUUCAUUGCGGUAACAUGUUAGUGUGGUGGAGCAGAACUUCAGUAGAAGCACAGAGACCGUUGAAUGUGUUACUUAAGAAUUGCUCGGACCAUCAUGGUUCUUUUUGUAUAUCCUAGUUCUAGUUACAGAAAUCACGCAUUACACUAUCAGCUUUCAUAAAAGAGCAAUAUCCGACAAUAUAGAGCAGGCAUAGUUCUAAUUUUGAA